GGCCGCGGCCGCGGGGCGGGGACUGGGAGGGGCGCGGUCCUCCGAGCCCGGCCUGGUGGAGGCUGUAGCCCCCGCAGUGGGCGCGCGGAGCUCGGCAGGGAGCGGACCCGCAGCCGGCACUGUCGCCUCCGCUCGCCUUGGGUUCCGAGCCCUUAUCGGGGCGAAGGGCCCUGCGCCCCGGUCCAUGCAGGCUGUGGUCGGGGGCGUGCGGCCGGGCCCCCGAGACCCGCUCCGCCGAGCCGGACGGUUGCGCAGAGAUGAGGCUGCAGGCGGGGAGGCCUGGCGAGGUGGGGCUGCUCCGGGGAGGACCAGGCUCUGCCCCUCGCUUCCGUCCGAUGGCGGGCUCUUCCCCGCAGCCUCGCUCCCCGGCGGACGCCGUUUCCCGCAGCGUUCAUUUACCCUGCGCAGUUUUGCCCCCUCCCCGGGUUGGGGCAUUUAUUGGACCAACAGUCAUUUCGUAAAUAGCUGUUGGGUAUUUAACUGUGAGCGUUCCGGUGCUGGGGACCCCGCAGUGAGCGAACAGCACUCCUCGCCUCCAGGAGCGUGAAUUGUAACAGAGGUGAGGCGUUAGUGUAACAGGCAAUAACGCAGCAAAAUAACUUCUGGUUUUGACAAGGGCCACGCACAGAAUAAACCAAGGAAAUAAAAUUGUGAGAGUUAGGGGGUUAGGGUAGCCUUGGCGGUCAGGGGAGGCUCUGUAAAGAGUUAACAUUUGGCCCUGCGCAAUGGCUCACGCCUGUAAUCCCAGCACUUUGGGAGGCCGAGGCGGGUGGAUCACGAGGUCAGGAGAUCGAGACCGUCCUAGCUAACAUGGUGAAACCCCGUCUCUACUAAAAAUACAAAAAAUUAUUCGGGCGUGGUGGCGGGUGCCUGUAGUCCCAGCUACUCGGGAGGCUGAGGCAGGAGAAUGGCGUGAACCCGGGAGGCGGAGCUUGCCGUGAGCCGAGAUCGCGCCCCUACACUCCAGCCUGGGCAACAGAGGGAGACUCCAUCUCAAACAACAGCAACAACAAAAAAGAGUUAACAUUUGAACUGAAACCUGCUGGAGGAGAGAAGCAGCCACAGAUCCCUGAGGAGAAACUCCCAGGCGCUGGCAUGGCUGCGGCGUAGUGAGCGGGGUGCCCCAGGUCCCCGAGGAACAGGGCUUAUUCUACGUAUGGAAGGAGGUGACCCCUCCUAGUCUUCCAGACCCCAGUUAAAUGUGACUCCCCCCAGUAACAUUUCUUGGUGGUCCUUCAUCUAAAAUUAGCACCCUCCUCCCCUUGACAUUUUCUGUCUCAGCAACAGCUUGAUCUGUUGUCAUGAUAUCACUGCUCGAUUAUUUUUAGCUCAGUGCUGUUUAAUCUGAUUGAAGGUUUACUUCCUAAUUCCGAAGAUAGAACUAAAAGCAGGUUUUUCCCCCCUCUAACCAGGUAGCCCCUCCCUGAGGACAUGCACUCCCUAGACAUGAGCAAACACAAAGCAGCAGUAACUUACCCCUCCUAGUCCAAGUCCUACCCUAGUCCUGGGUUGCAGUUCUUACCAGAGUGGAGGGUGGUAUGUGUUGAGGGGUCGGGGGUCAAGUCUUCUGGCAGCCUCAUACCCUGAGAUACUCUGGUUGCCUUGUUGGGGUGAGGACAACACGUGUGGCCAUCGCAGUGGCCCAGGUGGGUCCUGCCACAGACUGCCCUGGACAGACAGUGAGUGGGGGCUGGGUGGGGGUGGUGUGGCCCUGCUCUUCCAUGCGUUUGCAGUCUGUGCCCUCUGUGCAGGGGUGUUUCACGAAUCUGUCUGAUCCACCCCCAUCGCCCUUCGUACCCUAACAUGUCAAAAGGGCUCUGCUGCCAAAUGUCACUUCAUAGCAUUGUGACCAAGCAGCCCUCCUGCCUCUAAACGCACUCUUUAUUUUUAUUUGAGAGAGAGCCUCACUCUCGCCCAGGCUGAAGUGCAGCGGGGCAAACUUGGCUCACUGCAACCUCUGUCUACUCAAGCAGUUCUCCUGCCUCAGCCUCCCAAGUAGCUGGGAUUACAGGUGCGUACCAGCACACUCGGCUAAUUUUUGUAUUUUUCGUAGAGAAGGGUUUCACCAUGUUGGCCAGGCUGGUCACGAACUCCUGACUUCAGAUCCGCCCUCAUUGGCCUCCUAAAGUGCUGGAAUUACAGGCAUGAGUCACCGUGCCUGGCCUCUAAACACAUGCUUUUUGUUAACUGAUGCCUAACGGGAAACAUCUCUUUACAAAGUGGCAGCUACUUAGAGGGCUCCAGCUCUACAGAAAUGGAUAGCCCCGGAGACCUUCACCUAAACACAAGAGCUCAAGUGUCUGUGGAAGGGAAGAGUGAGGAGACCAGGGCCUCAUGCCUACUCUGUAUACGUCUGCUUAGAGCAAAAUUAUUGUUUUGUUUUGUUUGAGACACAGUCUCACUCUGUCGCCCAGGCUGGAGUUGGUGGCAUGAUCUCGGUUCACUGCAACCUCUGCCUCCUGAGCUUAAGGGAUCCUCCCAGGAUGACCAAAGUUGCACCAUUGCACUCCCGCCUGGGCAACAAGAGCGAGUCGGAGUCUCACUCUGUCACCCAGGCUGGAGUGCAGUGGCGCAAUCUUGGCUCACUGCAAGCUCCACCUCCCAGGUUCACGCCAUUCUCCUGCCUAGUAGCUGGGACUACAGGUGCCUGCCACCAUGCCCGGCUAAUUUUUUGUAUUUUUAGUGGAGAUGGGGUUUCACCGUGUUAGCCAGGAUGGUCUGUCUCCACCGCACCUGGCCAAAAAAGUGUUAAAUUAGAAAAAUAGAAAGAGGCCAGGUGUGGUGGCUCACACCUGUAAUCCCAGCACUUUGGGAGACCGAGGCAAGAGAUCACUUGGGUCCGGGAGUUCAAGACCAGCCUGGGCAACAUAGUAAGACCUCAUCAAUAAUAAAAACUUUUAAAAAUUAGCUGGGUGUGGUGGCAUGCGCCUGUAGUUCCAGCUACUCAGGAGGCUGAGGUGGGAGGAUUGCUUGAGCCCAGGAAGUUGAGGCUGCAGUGAGCUGAGAUCACACCACUGCGCUCCAGCCUGGGUCACACAUUGAGACCCUGUCUCAAUAAAAGGAAAGAAAAAUAGGAGAAAAAGAGGAACCACUCAUAAUUCUACGACGCAGAGAGAGCUAGGGUUUUAUGCUGCCAGCUUUGUUUUUCUGCUUACAGUCUGCUUGUUUCAUGUAGUAAAAUGCAAGAAUGUUUUCUCAUGUUCCCACAACAUGGUUUUAUUGGUUGCAGAGUCACCCAUUGUUCAUUUCAUAAUGAGCAAUGUUGCCCAGGCCGGAGUGCAGUGGUGCAACCUUGGCUAUCCUGGGAGGAAAUCUUAAGCCCAGGAGGCAGAGGUUGCAGUGAACCAAGAUCACACCACCAACUCCAGCCUGGGCGACAGAGCGAGACCCCGUCUCAAACAAAACAAAACAAUAAUUUUGCUCUAACCAGUCACGCUUUGUUCAUUUCAUAAAUCCUUUCUGAGCACAUGCUGUGUGCCAAGCCCUUCCUCAGGCCCUAGGGGUACAGACCAGAGGCCUUGUCUAAUUGGGGAAGGCAGAUAAGGAGCAAGGAAGUUAACUUGUCUUAUGUCAGAUGGCAUAGUGCUAUGGAGAAAAAUAAAGCAAGGAGCGAGGAUAAGGAAUUCCCAGGCAGGAGGGGAGGUGGCAGUUUUAAAAAGGGUGGUCACAGAAGGCCUCCCAGCAAGGUGAGAGCCAGAAAACAUUGGAAGGAGUGGGUGUUCCCAUGGAGAAGCUUGGGUACAGCUUCUCCUUGGGACGUGAAGGAGGCGGCUGAUGUGAUUGCCCCAGCACUUUACCCUCUCCUGCUCCCUUCUGGAUCUGGAGGGGCCUUCUGGGGGGCUGGAGGGCCUUUGGCCUGGGCUCUUUCCACUCAUGGCUCUAUGUUCCCUCAGAAUUCACUGUCUGUAGCAUCUGCUCCUCCACAGAGGUACCCUGGAAUGGCGAUGGCACUCCCGAUGCCUGGACCUCAGGAGGCUGUUGUGUUGGAGGAUGUGGCUGUGUACUUCACGAGGAUAGAGUGGAGUUGCCUGGCCCCCGACCAGCAGGCACUCUACAGGGACGUGAUGCUGGAGAACUAUGGGAACCUGGCCUCACUAGGCUUUCUUGUUGCCAAACCAGCGCUGAUCUCCCUAUUGGAGCAAGGAGAGGAGCCGGGGGCCUUGAUUCUGCAGGUGGCUGAACAGAGCGUGGCCAAAGCCAGCCUGUGCACAGAGGACCCUAAUACACUGCUCAGCAGAAGCCAGGAAGGAAGCCCUGCCAGCUCAGAAGGUGUGCCAGGAGAGAAGGGUGUGGCCGGAAGGGUAGCCGGUGGGGGUGCUGCAUCCUCUUGGCCCCACUGGGAGCACCUUGUCACCCCUAACAGAUGAAGAGAAGGUGAGGGGGGAUUGAGUUACCUGCCCACUGGUGUGUCAAACUCUAUGAUGGGGGUGGGAACAUGCAGACCUGGCCCCUCCAAGGCCUACUGCUCCCCGGGCUGUGCACCCCACGGUCUGUGCCAGGGGCUGCAGAAAGAGCCAUGGGAAGCCUGGCCCUGGCAGGGCACCAAGAUGGGGAGGGCUGGAUCCACCCUCCAGAGAACAGGAAUCCUGGGCAGUAGCCGGGACAUGGUGGGGGAGGCUGAAGGGUUGUCCUUGAGCAUCCCCAGCAUGGAGCUCGGAAGUCUGGGCCAUGGGCAGGAAAGCACGAAGGUCAGGGCCAGCCUGGGGAACCAAGAGCUGUGCCACGAUCCCUUCCACCUGGGGAACCAAGACCUGUGCCAUGAUCCCUUCCACCUGGGGCAGCUGCCCACAUGCCCGCCACUGGGUUCGAUCACCUGAGACUCCUGGCAGGUGCCUCUCUGAGUCUUUGUCCCGUGCUGGAAACCGGGAUGUGCAGCACGCACCUUCACACCCACAGCACGGACAGCGGGAAUAACACUUCCUUUGGGGAUCCGGGGUUUCUGGUGUCUCCAGAUUUUUCAGGCGCCACCAUGUUCCUCUCAUCCAGACGUCGGCACCCAAGGUGGAAGCAGGUCGUGGCAUGCCCGGCCCAGCUGCAGUCCGAGUGCAGAUCCCAUGGCGAGCGUGGGAUCCAGCCCAAAGCACAAGCCACGCACAGCCCGCUAGGUUGAGUGGGUAGGUACCUCCAACAGCCUGGAGCCGUGAGGCCUUGGGCAGGGGCGUUGCCGGCCGUGGAGAUCUCUGGCUGGCAAAGCGGCACCGAAAGAGUCCUGUGUCAUAACCAGACUCACUUGUAGCUUCUGUUGCUCUCCCUAGCUAUUUCCAAAGCAUCCAGGAUAGGUUCAUCUAAAGACAUUCUGACUCAUCUUGGACACGAUCCACUUACUCUGUGGACCCUGUUCACAGAACCUGGAGUCCCUGCUUACCUUCCCCGACCCCUUAUUGCUGGGUCAUGUUCACAAGUUUCUGUCUCUUUUUGUUCCCAGUCCCGGUACCAGCUCAGGUCCAGUCAGCUUCUGAACCUCUACUGUGCAGUGCCUGAGACAAGGUGGAGGAGACACGGACAGUAAAGCUCAGCCAGGUGCAGACUGCAGCCUGGAAGCAAAGGCUGAGACAGGGUGGGAGAGACACCGACAGUAAAGCUCAGCCAGGUGCAGACUGCAGCCUGGAAGCAAAGGCUGAGACAGGGUGGGAGAGACACGGACAGUAAAGCUUAGCCAGGUGCAGACUGCAGCCUGGAAGCAAAGGCUGAGACAGGGUGGGAGAGACACGGACAGUACGCUCAGCCAGGUGCAGACUGCAGAAUGGAAGCAAAGGCUGAGACAGGGUGGGAGAGACACCGACGGUAAGCUCAGCCAGGUGCAGACUGCAGCCUGGAAGCAAAGGCUGAGACAGGGUGGGAGAGACACAGACAGUAAAGUUUAGCCAGGUGCAGACUGCAGCCUGGAAGCAAAGGCUGAGACAGGGUGGAGGAGACACGGACAGUAAAGCUCAGCCAGGUGCAGACUGCAGCCUGGAAGCAAAGGCUGAGACAGGGUGGAGGAGACACGGACAGUAAAGCUCAGCCAGGUGCAGACUGCAGCCUGGAAGCAAAGGCUGAGACAGGGUGGGAGAGACACGGACAGUAAAGCUCAGCCAGGUGCAGACUGCAGAAUGGAAGCAAAGGCUGAGACAGGGUGGGAGAGACACAGACAGUAAAGUUUAGCCAGGUGCAGACUGCAGCCUGGAAGCAAAGGCUGAGACAGGGUGGGAGAGACACAGACAGUAAAGUUUAGCCAGGUGCAGACUGCAGCCUGGAAGCAAAGGCUGAGACAGGGUGGAGGAGACACGGACAGUACGCUCAGGCAGGUGCAGACUGCAGCCUGGAAGCAAAGGCUGAGACAGGGUGGGAGAGACACGGACAGUACGCUCAGCCAGGUGCAGACUGCAGCCUGAAAGCAAAGGCUGAGACAGGGUGGGAGAGACACGGACAGUACACUCAGCCAGGUGCAGACUGCAGCCUGGAAGCAAAGGCUGAGACAGGGUGGGAGAGACACCGACAGUAAGCUCAGCCAGGUGCAGACUGCAGCCUGGAAGCAAAGGCUGAGACAGGGUGGGAGAGACACGGACAGUAAAGCUCAGCCAGGUGCAGACUGCAGCCUGGAAGCAAAGGCUGAGACAGGGUGGGAGAGACACCGACAGUAAAGCUCAGCCAGGUGCAGACUGCAGCCUGGAAGCAAAGGCUGAGACAGGGUGGGAGAGACACGGACAGUAAAGCUCAGCCAGGUGCAGACUGCAGAAUGGAAGCAAAGGCUGAGACAGGGUGGGAGAGACACCGACAGUAAAGCUCAGCCAGGUGCAGACUGCAGUCUGGAAGCAAAGGCUGAGACAGGGUGGGAGAGACACGGACAGUACGCUCAGCCAGGUGCAGACUGCAGCCUGGAAGCAAAGGCUGAGACAGGGUGGGAGAGACACGGACAGUAAAGCUUAGCCAGGUGCAGACUGCAGAAUGGAAGCAAAGGCUGAGAGAGGGUGGGAGAGACACGGACAGUAAAGCUCAGCCAGGUGCAGACUGCAGCCUGGAAGCAAAGGCUGAGACAGGGUGGGAGAGACACGGAGAGUAAAGCUCAGCCAGGUGCAGACUGCAGCCUGGAAGCAAAGGCUGAGACAGGGUGGGAGAGACACGGACAGUACGCUCAGCCAGGUGCAGACUGCAGAAUGGAAGCAAAGGCUGAGACAGGGUGGGAGAGACACCGACAGUAAGCUCAGCCAGGUGCAGACUGCAGCCUGGAAGCAAAGGCAGUGCCACCCUCUUUCGGGGCAUUUCUGGUCACUUCAGUCUGCUGGGGGGAUUCGGUGUCUCACCAGGAGACUCAGGCAUGGACCUGGGUUGCCACUUUCUUCCUGUUACAUGGAUCUCUCUACCAUGCCCCAGACCCAACACCUCCGCCUUCUCAAAGCUGCACUGCACAAGUUCUAGCCAGAGCAGCCUGGUAAGAGAAAGACGUCAAGAGCAUCCAAAUACUUCCUUCCAAAUGAGGAAGCCAAAUGGUCCUUGUUUGCAUUCAAUGUGAUCUCAUAUAUAGAAAACCCUAAAAGCUUUAUCAAAACAUUCUUAGAAUAAACAAAUUCAGUAAAGUUGCAGGAUACAAAAUUAACAUACAAAAACCAGUAACAUUUCUACAUACCAACCACAAACUACCAAAAAAUCCAGGAAAGCAAUUCCAUUUACAAUAGCUACCAAAACCAAAAAACAAACCUAGGAAUAAAUUUAACCAAUGAGGCCGGGUGCGGUGGCUCAUACCUGUAAUACUAACACUUUGGGAGGCCGAGAUGGUGGAUCACGAGGUCAGGAGAUUGAGACCAUCCUGGCUAAUAUGGUGAAAUCCCAUCUCUACUAAAAAUACAAAAAAUUAGCCUGGCCUGGUGGCACACACCUGCAUUUCCAGCUACUCGGGAGGCUGAAGCAGGAGAAUCGCUUGAACCCGGGCGUUGGAGGUUGCAGUGAGCCGAGAUGGCACCAUCGCACUCCAGCCUGGACGACAGAGCCGGACUCUCUCAAAAAAAAAAAAAAAAGAAAAUUAA